AUGGAGACCUUUGCAUUGGACAAAAGUAGAUAUGACAUCAACACAUCAACAUCACCACCAUCCGUUUUCCCGCCUAGAUCCGCCACCCUUUCUUUCGUUUCCGAGCCAUCAAGUCCCGGAAGUGGGACCGGAAGCCUCAAUGUUUCACGACUGAGAAAGAAUAGUGCAAAGAUUCGCAAAAGGCAGAUGAACAGUUACAUGGCGAGCCCUAUCCACUCGGCAACAAGUGUUAAGUCCACGGUCUCUAAACAUCUGUCUUCAAAACCAUGGGAGUACGUGCCUAUUCUUACAGAGGAACAAUAUAACGAGAAGAAAGAACGCUUACUUAGAAACAGUAAAUUAAAGCUUGAGUUGGAAAAGUACUGGAACAUACAAACGCCGAGUCGAUUGGAGAAAAAGAGGUUAGAGGAAAUUUCCAGUGAAGAUGAAGAUUACGAUACAGAUUUAGAUCAGGAGCUAGUUGGACUUGAGCUUAUUGUUGACGAAAAAACAAAACAAAUCAAAGAUGAUGGAGUUUUCCCGGAAUAUAAGCGCAUGUGUAGGAAGUUGAACGUAAUACCCAAUCACUACCUCAUACGUCAUUCAACAGAUGACGACAUACGACUCCGGUAUAGGUAUCUCAGCAAGAAUGAUUGCACAGCAAUGGGAUACGAGAUGAAGGACAAUUUAACCUUCUCCAAAAUAGACCUAGAAGACAAUGGAAUGACAGGAAAACACAUUCAUGCUCUGGCAGAGAUGCUCCUCCAGAACCAUUAUGUCUCGGAAAUAAAUUUGGCUAAUAACCCAGUAGGGAUCCCAGGAGCCAAGGUGGUGCGAUACAUACUCACAAAUAAUACUCAUAUACGAAAAGUAGAUUUAACAGGGUGCAAAAUUCAGGAUUUUGGGGGUAAACUAAUGGCCAGUAUAUUACAGAGUAACGAAUAUAUGAAACAGCUCCUAUUAGGACGAAACGGAAUCGGGGAUGAGGCAGCCACACAAAUUGGGAAAAGUUUAGAAUCCAACAGUUCUCUGGAGAUUUUAGAUUUGUCCUGGAAUCAGAUCACUCGUUUUGGUGCCCAGGCCCUUGCUACAGGACUAAAGCACAACCAACGAUUACACAGUCUCAUUUUAAACAUGAAUGGGGUCGGCAAAGAAGGGGGGUGUUCCUUAAUUGAAUGCCUUCGCCUCAAUUCCACCUUGACCCUUCUUGAUCUCGGAGCCAACAGAAUUCCUGACGAUAUUGCAACGGUUGUUGCCAGGGUCUUACCCUUAAAUAAAGCUCUUCAAACUUUAAAGCUGUCCUAUAACCUGAUUACUUCUGAGGGAGCCAUGACUCUUCUUAAGCCCUGGUCAUCCAAAAUAAAGAAGAGAAGUCCGUUACAGACAUUGGAACUUGAUGGAACAGAUGCACAUACAGAGUUAGCGUUAUUGGUUCACAAACUGAGAGAAAAACGGGGCCUCAAUGUGACACUCCGAUUACCACCCUCCAGGAGGGAGAAAUCUUUGGAUCCACUAAUGGGUAGUCUGAUGUACAUCGUCAAAUUCUGCGACAAAGAAGAUGUGGAUCUUACGGAACUCUUUCCUAAGUCGUAUGAGGAAAAGGGCGUCCUUAUUUCAACAGACGAUGUGGUUGAACUUAUCAAGCAUUCUGGGAAAGACAUCAGCAAGUACAGAAUUCAUGAACUUAAAAGAACACUACAAGAAACCCGAGAGCGCCGAUUUGAAUUAAAGGAACUUAUGACUAUACAUAAUCAGAUAAAACAGGGAAAAGAUCCGUACAGAGAGGAUUCCCUCCGGAGUGCUAUAGCCGGUAAACGCCGAGGUAUUCCGACAGAGACUCUUCAACCAUCCACUCCAAGUACGGCGGGAGUCCGAUUCCGGGGAGGAAGUGACGACGAAGAUUAAUGGCGU